AUAAUCUUUUCUGGGCAUUACCGUCAUUUUACUAGCUCACGAUCCCAAACUGGGUUGAAACCUGCCCUAGGCGGCUAAGCCCGUACGAGUUACAAUCGCCGACGACCGAAAACGGACAGUAACAGAGUCCGAUUUUUGACGAAAUAAGUGAUGACAACGAGUCGUUUCCCUGUGUCCAUGUCCCUUCUCCUCCUCCACUUCCUCGUCUACGUUCAACUCCCAACCUUAAUUCUAGCAUUUAUUCCUUCCUCAAACACCUCGAACUCAAGCCACAACUACAUACAGGAUGUUUUGAAGGAAAUAUCGGCGAGGCAGAGUUGGGAUUUGAAUGACGUUAGGGUUUCGAAGUUGGAUCUGAAGAAGGUCCGGUUUGGGAGUGCUCAACGGUACGAAUAUCGGGUCGCGUUUGGCAGGAAUCGACUGGUGUUGAAAUAUGUGGAUGGAGUGGAUUCUUGGAAAAAGCUCGGGACUGAAAAAAGCGAUUUUGGGUCUUUGGUCGGCGAGGUUGGUUCUAUGGGCGUGCUUGAUACAUUUAAAGUGGAGGGUCCGUUUGAGUUGCUGGUCGGUGGUAGCGACGAGGUUUCGCUACAGUUGCCGAUGAACACUUCUAUUAAGGGCUUGAAUCGAGUUCUUGUUGGUGAAGGCAUCACGGUGGAAGUGAGAAGAGCGCAAGAAGUCUCUCUCUUUCAUUCAUCCAAUCUUGGUUUUUUGGUAAAUAGAAGUCUUGUGAAUAACAAGGUGAAAAAUGAAUUCUGGGCCUUUCAGCAUUCUAUGUGCAUCCCAUUACUUCCUAUACAAGUUCUAGGGGCUGCAUCAUUAGUUGCAUAUAAGACUCGAAAUAGGGAUGCAUACAUUGAAACUAAAUUUGUUUCUAAGGGCACCAUUGAAUUGUUGCCUGAGAAGUGUUACAGAGUCUUCAAGGAGCGUGAUUGCCCCAUUGAUUCCUUGAGUUCGGGGAUUGCCAUGGUGGAAAGAGUUUUGCGGAACUUUCUUGGUGAUAGAAUUCUUCAAAAACAUUUGAGAUUCCUCAAAACUAAGAUCAAGGCAUCUGCUAUCAUCCGCUUUCAGCUAGAACUGGAAAGACAUGUCAGGAGCAACGACACUCUCCACGCUAAGUUGGCAGAGUGGAGAACAAAGCCAAAUAUCCAAAGAAUAUGGUUUGAGGUAAUGGCAAGAGUUGAAGCAGAGAGGCUGAAGCCCCUUUCAAUCGAGAAGGUGAAUCCUUUCAUUGGAGUUGACACAGUUUCAUGGAGCAAUUUAAUGGCGAAUGUGUCCUUUACACAGUUAGGGUCCAUCCUCGUUCCUCCCGAGGCUCUAACUCUGGAUGUGAAGUGGUAGGAUGAAUUUGUUGUAUUAUAGUUGUGAUUUGUGUCAUUUUCUGUCUUGUUUGAUGAUGAAUUGUAUAAGCUACCUGUAUCAAGCGCACUUUUAAUUGGUUCUCAUGUACAUAAAUUUCCAAGAAAACGAGGAAAUGAAUUCAAUUUGCAAACUAGAUUCUAUCCA